GGGACUGCCAUGGCUGCCAAGGCGGCAAAACUGGCGGCUGUCCCAGCAGCCCUGGGAUUAGCCUCCAUCCGAGUGUACGCCAUGAGUGAAGCCAAGACAGAGGAGCUGCUCUCUCCAGAAGAGCUGUCCAUCUACGAGGCCCCCAGGCAGCAGCUCCGCUUCGCAGAGGAGCAGCCAGGGCUCCUGCAGAGGGGACUGGGCGUGGUGAGGGUUGGGCUGCAGCCCUAUGUUCGGGCCAUCAAGGGUGCCUGUACCUCUGUGAAGGUUGGACUUGUGAAUGUUUAUCACACUGGACAAGAUACCUAUAACUUCCUGAGAGACCCACCACCUGGCUUUCUCCCAAGGGUCAGCUUUAUCACCGUCUCUGGAUUGGCCGGGCUGAUUCUGGCAAGAAAAGGGACGCGUCUUAAAAGGAUUGGCGUGCCUCUGGGUCUGGCCACAGUGGGAACGGCCGUGUGUUACCCUUCGCAGACGGUGGGAGUGCUGAAGGUGACGGGGAAGAAGACGUAUGCAGCCACACAGUGGACCACCUCAGCUGUGGCCUCGCUGUUUAAACGCCCUGCCAAAGAGAUUGUGGCCCCCUCAGCCAGUCCUGAGGCAGAGCCAGCUGCAGUCACCGAACCCGAGGCGACCCUUGGGAAGCCACUCCCUGAGGCGGAGCCAGCUGAAGUGGCUUUGCCCCCUGUGGGUGAGCCCGCCUCUCUGCCCUCCUCAGAGGCGACUCCUCCUGUGCCUUCCCCUGAUACCGAGGCUGCCUCAGCCCCUGUAGAGGAUAGUGCGCCUCCAUGUACUGCUGAACCUGAGCCUAUUCCUGUAGAAGAGAGCAUCCCUCCUCCCGCCCCUGAAGCUGAAUUAGCGCCUGUGGGAGAGUCUGCCUCUCCACCCCCUCCUGUGCCUAAAGCCGAACCUGAAGAGAAGCCGGUCCCACCGCCUUCCCCUGAACCUUCCCCUGAGCAUGUUUCUGCCCCUGCCCCUGCCCCUGCCCCUGAAGCUGCAGCUGAGGCUGCCCCUGAAGCUGCCCCCACCACUGAGGCUGCCCCUGAAGCUGUAGCUGAGGCUGCCCCUGAAGCUGCCCCCACCCCUGAGGCUACCCCUGAGGCUGCCCCUGAGGCUGCCCCUGAGGCUGCACCUGAGGCUGCCCCUGAGGCUGCCCCUGAGGCUGCACCUGAGGCUGCCCCUGAGGCUGCCCCUGAGGCUGCCCCUGAAGCUGCUCCCACCCCUGAAGCUGCCCCUGAAGCUGCCCCUGAGGCUGCCCCUGAGGCUGCCCCUGAGGCUGCCCCUGAGGCUGCCCCUGAGGCUGCACCUGAGGCUGCCCCUGAAGCUGCUCCCACCCCUGAACCUGCCCCUGAAGCUGCACCUGAGGCUGCACCUGAGGCUGCACCUGAGGCUGCCCCUGAGGCUGCCCCUGAGGCUGCACCUGAGGCUGCCCCUGAAGCUGCCCCUGAAGCUGCCCCUGAAGCUGCCCCUGAGCCGACUCCAGCCCCAGUAGAGGAGCCUGUCCCCGUUCCCCCAACAGCUGAGCUGGAGUCACCACCACAAGAUGUCCCUGCACCAGCUUCUGAAGACAUCCUCACAGAAACUGCACCUCCACCCCCUCCCCUUGCAGAGGAGACUGUACCUCCGCCCUCUCCUCCUGUAGAGGAGUCUGCACCUCCUUCUCCUCCCCCUGUAGAGGAGGCUGCACCUCCUUCCCCUCCCCCUACAGAGGAGACUGUACCUCUGUCACCUCCCCCAACUGCUGAGGAAGCUGCCACUCCAUCUGCUCCCCCAGUAGAAGAUACACCCCCUCCCCCUGCCGAAGAGACCGCACCUCCACCCCCUCCCCCUGCCGAAGAGACCGCACCUCCACCCCCUCCCCCUGCAGAGGAGACCACAUCUCCACCCCCUCCCCCCGCAGAGGAAAUCUCACCUCCAACUCCAGUAGAGGAACCAGCUCUUCCCCCUGUAGAUGACAUAUCCCCUUCCCCUGUAGAGGAGACCCCACCUCUACCUCCUCCUCCUGCAGAGGAGAUGGCACCCCCAUCCCCUACCCCUAUAGAGGAGACCCCACCUCCACCUCCUCCUCCUGCAGAGGAGAUGGCACCCCCAUCCCCUACCCCUAUAGAGGACACCCCACCUCCUUCCCCUGUAGAAGAAACCCCUCUGCAGCCCCCUGCUGAUGAUCCUGCCUCUAGUCCUGUUGAAAACUCCUCUCCCCUGCCUGAGCCCAUCCCCCUGGAGCCUCUUGCUGACAUCCACGACAAAAUGAGAUUCACCCCUGACCCCAGCCUGACGGACUAUGGCCAGGCCAGCCCUGAGGACGCUGACCUCUACAGCACACGUGGCUGACCAAAGAGAGGAAUAAGAAGAGAUGGGGGGGUUGGGGCGUGGUCGGUGCACCAAACAAGGGAUGACAAAGUCACAUAGCAGUAACGUGCGUGUCACACCUCUUUAUUUUGUUUUCUUCUUUAAGUUACAGAGAACACUUGCAGGCACUAGUUAAAUUUUGAGUCUGCGUUAGUCCUUGGAGGAGCCAGCAGCUCAGAGCCACAUCCAAAGGGAUCAGACUUCAGUGUUUCUUCAUUCCAGACAAGGAGAGCCAUCUUCGCAUCUCCACCCCAGAGUCAGUCCCUCUUCACUAGAAGAACUGGCCGGUAAAGCACCCACAUUCUGGGAAUAGAUGCAUAUUUUUACACUCUAUUUGGGGAAACUGGCCAGCAACUGUCUACGGGGAAUGCUGUCUAGACUCACAUUUUUACAGUCUUUACUGAUGAAACUGGCCAGUAACUGUUUACUGGGAAUACUGGCCAGGUACACAUCCGUUUACUCAUGUUUACUGGUAAAACUGGCCAGUUACACUUUUCUGGGAAUACUGGCCUAGACAUGUAUUUUUCAUUUUUCUACUGAGGGAACUAGCCAGUGAUGGGGCAUAUUGGCUAGACACUCAUCCUUUUUUCUCAGAACACUGGCCUGUGUCUGUUUACUGUGAAUACUGGCCAUAUUCUUAUACUGUUUUUACUGGGACCUCUAGCUAAUAUCAUCUGUUUAUUGGGAACAUCAGCCAGCAACAUAUAUUCCCUUUCAGCUACAGCUGCUUACCUUUUUUACUUUUUUUUACUGAUUUUUACUGUGAAGACUGCUCAGAUACAACACUUUGUUAUGAGUAUGUCACUCUGACAGCUUUUUUUCGGAAAACUGUCCAGAUGCACACUUUAUUACUGUGAACACUGGCCAGAGACAAUUUCAUCACCUUUUUACUGUUAAAACUGGCUGAUAACCCCUCUUUUUACUGUGAAUGCUAUUUUUCAGAUCUCUGAGCUUUGAAAAGUGUUCAAGAACCUCAGUGUUACACAUCUUUUUUACUCUAACUCAAGGUAUCAUUCCAGUCUCAUUGGAAACUAAGGGCACCACUAAUUACCAAGGGAACACCUAGCACGAGGAGAAGCCCCACUGCUUCUUUAAGAUAUUGCUGAAGGAGAAUCUAUACAGUUGUUUCCAUACAACUGACACCAGACAAUCUUAUUCUCUCCCCAGUGUCAGCAAGCUGAAGGAAAAUCCUAAUUAGGUUUGUGUCAGUGGAGGCACUUUUUUUGAAUCUGUUUUGUGAAUCAUACAACAAAUGGACUCUGAGGGUGAAACAAAGGGCCUCAUUCAGUUUCAUCUGCUGUACGUGUACAUGUCACGGUCCACAGCGGUACUCUAGUGGAUCAGCAGUGUACAAAUGGUAUGAAUGGGUGUCAUAGGGAAUCAUUGCAAUGCUAAUAGAAUGUUAGGAUAUCAGUAUUGUUACAUGCUGAGCGAGCGUGUUACUUAGAACAUAUUACCUCUGUACCUUAAGGCAAAACUCUUUAUACAUUUCUUAUCUUUCACUACAUUUUUUUCUGUAUGCGGAUGAUUAAUGUCACUGUUAGUACAUUUCACAUCUUAAAUAGACACGGCGUUACAUGUAAAAAUUAUGAACUUAGUGUUCAGAUGUGUCACAAAUGACAUGUUUGAAGUGUCUGUAUGAUGGCUUCAAAAGGCUUGUGGGUACCUCUGUGAAAUGGAAAAGUAAU